UUUAAUACACAAUAGAGAGGUGGCGCUUUUAAUAAUUCAAAAUGGGGAAAGUUAAGGCUGAGAAAAAGUCAAGACAGCAUGAAGUAAUUCAGAAACAAGGUAUUUAUUUCAAAACUAGCGUCGGACAGCAUAUCCUGAAAAAUCCAUUAAUCAUAAAUAGUAUGAUUGAUAAAUCCGCCCUUCGACCUACUGAUGUCGUAUUGGAAGUCGGACCAGGAACUGGCAACAUGACCGUCAAGCUGCUGGAGAAGGUGAAACACGUGGUCGCUUGUGAAGUAGAUACGAGAUUAGUAGCCGAAUUACAAAAAAGGGUACAAGGCACCCAUCUUCAGAAUAAGUUGAAAAUAAUUGUGGGAGAUGUUUUAAAGACAGAAUUGCCUUAUUUUGAUGUAUGUGUUGCUAAUCUUCCAUAUCAAAUAUCUUCUCCAUUUGUGUUUAAACUUCUGCUACAUCGCCCCUUUUUUCGCUGUGCAGUGCUUAUGUUUCAGAGGGAAUUUGCUCAGCGUCUAGUUGCUCAGCCAGGAGAUAAGCUAUACUGUCGCCUUUCUGUCAAUACUCAGUUAUUGGCGAGAGUUGAUCAUUUGAUGAAAGUAGGAAAAAAUAAUUUUAAACCACCUCCCAAAGUUGAAUCGAGUGUCGUGAGAAUUGAGCCUAAAAAUCCACCGCCACCAAUUAAUUUCAAAGAAUGGGAUAGUUUGUUGCGGAUUUGUUUUAAUAGAAAAAACAAAACGCUCUCGGCUGCUUUCAAACAGUCGUCGGUUGUUGAAGUGCUUGAAAAAAAUUAUAAAGUGCACUGUUCUUUAAAUAAUAUAAAAGCGAAUGAUAUAAAAUCUGUAAUAGAAGAGUCCCUUAAAGAAUUUGAACAGCUUCGAGCUAGAACAAUGGGUAUUGAAGAGUUCAUAUCUUUACUUCAUUCUUUCAAUAAAAAUGGAAUUCAUUUUGUAUAGAUAAAUUAUAUUAAAAGAAAGUUAUAAAUAAAUGAUAUUUGUAAAAUUUGAAUAGAGUUAAAAUUCAUAAAAUUAGUUCACAUUGAUAGUUAAUAGAUUCAUAAUGAUAGGUCUAUUUCUAUCAUUUAUAACUGAUGUGUCAAAUAAACAUGGACAUGUAUUUUUUUUUAAUUUCAAAACAGUUAUAUUAACUAGAUAAAAAUGAAUGCUGUUUUAACUAGUUAAUUGUUUUGUUUCUUGUAGGGUUACCAGCUAUAUUCCAAUUAGAAAAUUCUUGGGAAUUCCAUAAACCUGUGUCUGCAGGUGUAUAGAAAUGCUACCGGUAAUUUAAC